AUGGCACUGCAGAGAGGAGAGGAGACCUCAGACCUGUCGGUCUCUGUCCACUUUUACUUGCAAUUUGAAGCCUUUUCUGCAGGGGGCCUUGUCCGCCUGCCUGUCCAAGGACAGUCUGACUCUGGAGAGGGUGAGGAAGGUGUCAACUUCUUGUCUGAGGUGGGGAACAUCGUCUUUCACAUCAAGCCCCAGUUCUCCAGAGCCGCCGUGGUAGGCAACACCUUCCAGGGCGGCCGCUGGGGCCAGGAGGUGUCCAGUGCCCUCUCACUGGUGCUGCGGGAGCCCUUUGAGGUGGGGGUCAGCUCAGGCUUGGAGCUCCACGUCCACGCUCACGAGCACCAGGUGUUACGCUUCAGGCACUGCCACUCACCACUGGCCACCAUCACCAGGGGGCAGGUGCUGAGUGACCACUGCCUGGCCCGGGUGGAGCUGGCCCAGAAAAGCUUGAGCUGGGGGUAG